ACCCAUCUUCACUGCCCAUCUGAAGCUCACUGUGAGAGGAAGCUCCCCAAGGCUCGUUGUAACAACCUUCUUCCCCGGUGGAUUGCUCAGCUCGUGAAAAAAUGGACACAGAAAGUAGUAGCAGGGCAGGUCUUGCUCUCCCAACCCCACAAAGCUCCUCCAGUGCACCUGAAAUUGAACUUUCAGAAGUAUCUCUCCGUGAUAACGCCUUACGGGAGAAGACUGCCCCAGCCCCACCAUGCCGUACGUGGCUGAUGUUUUUGAGGAGGGAGCUGCAAUUCCUGGGGGUAACACAAAUUCUGAUCGCUCUGAUAUGCCUUUGGUUUGGAAUAAUGGUCUUCUCCGUGAUCAGUUUUUCCAAAUUUGAGGAUCAUGUUUUUUCAUCAUUUAAAGCAGGCUACCCGUUCUGGGGGGCAGCAUUUUUUGCUAUUUCUGGAUUUUUGCCAAUUAUGUCUGAAAAGAAGCAUGCUAUAUACCUGGUGUGGGGAAGCCUGGGAGCAAACACUGUCAGCAGCAUCACUGCAGGAAUAGGAAUCUUCAUCCUGACCAUCAACCUGAAGACUUCCUGGGUUUAUUUCUGCAGCUGCUGGGAAACUCAAGGAGAUGACUUCUGCUUUGUGGCUUGUUUUUCCACUGAAGUCGUGGCCAUGAUCCUGUUUCUCACCAUCCUGGGGUUUUGCAGCGCUGUGUCACUCAUAAUCUAUGGAGUUGGAGAAGUGUUCCAAGGGAAGAAGAUUCCAGAAGACCGUCUUUAUGAAGAAUUAAACAUAUAUUCACCAAUUUACAGUGAGUUGGAAGGCAAAGAGGAGAUGUCUUCUCCUGCUGAUUCAUGAGAAUCUUGUAUUCAGAACACUCUGAGUCACAGCAAAAGGUCUAAAAUAAGCCAAGAUGUUUGUUUAAGGGACUACCGACAAAAUUUUAAUUCUCUCUAUGGUCUUCCAGUUUUACAUUAGGAUUCAUUCUCCAGACGGUACUAUUCUAUCUGUUGUUUCUGUUCACCUAAACUCCCCAAUGCCUCGCCCAUUUUUAGAUAUGAUCGACUCCUAUUUUUCUUGUUUUCUAUUGCUGUCUUGUACCAACUUUUGUGGGAAGUCAACGAAUAAUCAGUUAGCAUUUACUGUGUGCCUAUAACAAUGCAAAUAGAGGAAACAGGAGGAAGGCUGGUCGAGAGCUGAGUUAAACUUUGACAGUUUGAUCAUGUUUGGCUCUUAACCCUUUUCAGAGCUACAGAUAUGCGUGAUGGAUGUCCCCCUACUGGGCUGUAAGCACCUAAAGGACAAAGCCCGUUCAGCAAAUGUAAUACUGAGGACCAAUUAAGUGUUUGAAGUUUUCCACACUUGUCUCUUUCACUUCAUGUUUCCCAGUGUCCUACAUAAUGAAAGCUCAAAGGGUAUUUAUGGAGUGGAUGGGGGAACAUUCUGAGAAGAUAUACAUGGGGUCAGGCAACAGGUAGAGUUGAGAGAAAGAAACAAAUUACUCUAAAGUGAAUUUGGAAGUGAGAAGGAGAACAAGUUGGCAGAUAAUUAGCAAUAGGAAUAUAGUCAGAUAGAAAUUUGAAUAGAAUUCUGCAGGCUUGUAUUAGUCAUUUUGGUGGAUGUUAUUCAUAUCAGCUUAGCAAUGGAUGCUUCCUGCUUAUGUCUGAUCUUCUGUGGACAGCCCAACAUGGAAUGUUAGAAGCAUCACUUAUCUUAGAAAACACAUUAGAAUCCCAGGCCUAUUGCUUAUUAGUUGAGUGGGUUGUGGCAAGUUAUUUAAUUAUUUUACUUAAUCUGGUUUUUCUAAUCUGUAAAAUUAAGAUAUUAGGAAUAAUUUAAAUGCCAGGAUUGAGGGUAUAUUGUGGGAAAACACACACACACAAACCUAACUCUAAUGGCCCCCAUCUCUAAUUCCACUUCAAUUUUCUCUCUUAAAUAUGCUUUGUACUUGAUCAUCUCACACCAGGACCCCAACUUGAAAUUUUCUGCCCUAUAUUCUGUGCUCCCUGAAUUUCUUCUUUCUUCAAGUUUCUACUCAUUCUUUAAGUUCUUCUAGUCAAGAUUGUUCUUCUCUCUAAAUGAUGAAUUUUUCAAACCAAACACACACACACACACACACACACACACACACACACACCUUACACUAUAACUUUCCAUAU